ACUUCAAACUGAGGCAAUAUUAAUAAAUUAUUCCCUCUUGAGAUUCAAAUUUUAAUUGAGAAGCAUCCAAGCUUCUUCUUUCUUGCAUCUCCACUCAAACUUCAUUGUCUUAUAGUUUCAUCGCACGCUUCUUACUUCAAUAUAUCUCUUAAUUUGUCUUCUUCCCACACACCCUUAUUUUAUUAAUCUCACAGACUGUUAAGUUUUGAGAUCUUCACCGCCGAACCUUCUCUUGUCUUUCCCCACUCACAACUUCUUUAACACUAUAUAUAAUCCCUAAACUAUCUCUAUAUUUCUCCACCCUACCUUAUUUUUCUUCAACUACUUCUCACAUGGCUUUCGCUCCUGCCAAACCUUUCUCUAAUAAUUCUCUAAUACACACUACCAAACAUCCCCCAAAACCUCCCCUUUUGCUCAAGGACUACCUCAGGGACGACCUCAGUUCCUGUUCAUCCAACGGUUUUAAAUCGUUGCCGCGCCGACAAUGCUGCACCACCGUCGGAUUCUUCGUUGAGAAAGAUCUCCAACUCCAACGAAAAAGGAACAACACACUCCCUCGACGUCGACGAUCAUCCGUGUCGGCUCUGCAGAGAGCUUCCGUGGCCGUAAUCAACGCGAUAAAGUCGCUUCCGAUGUCACAAAAGGGUGGUAGAGCCAAGACAGGAGGCGUUCUCUGUAGAAGCCUCUCCAGGAAGCUGUUGAGUAGAAGCUUCUGGAGAAAAGCAGCAGUGGUGAGAGAAGAUAGAAGCCAAGGCGUGCCGCGGAGGAGGACAUCUUUCCGCGAACUCAUUAUGCUGGAUCAGGAACAUCAAAAAGCGACGUCGUUCAAUGAGUAUACUGCAUUAGCUGCCCCGAGUUUCACCACUUCUUCUGGUUGUGGCAGUAACAGUUGGGGAGAGAGUGAAUUCACGUUUGCAUCUACUGCUGCUUCCUCUGAGAGCUCCAACGAAAACUACCUCCUGCUUGAGACAACCAAAGACUACACACCACGACGUCACAAGGUAGAAGAAGAAGUGGUAACCAAGGAAUACUGGGGAAAUGAGAAAGAACAGUUUAGUCCUGUAUCGAUACUAGAUUGUCCAUUUGUAGAUGAAGAAGAGAUUUACAAGUCUCGUUUCAGAUCCACUUCCUCUGUUGUUUCCAUCACGGAAGGAAGGAAACAGAAGCUUAUGCACAAAAGAUACCAUUUUGAAAGUGUGGCCUCACCGGAGCCGGUGGUUUUAGAGAAAAGGUUCUCGAGGUUAGAGCUGGGGGAUGAAACACUGGAUCAUUCUACAAAACGGUUGUGUCCUGCAAAGAAUGACGACAUUGAGGAGAAGGCUCGAAAUCUUGUGAACUUGGUUAAAGGAUCAAAUCCACGGAACAGUUUGAUACAUAAGGCAGAGAAGCUGCUGUUUGAUUACUUCAAGAAGAGUAUCGGAGAAUGUAAAGACAUUGAUCUGUCAAAAAAGCUUGAGCUUUGCAAGGUAGCAGAGGAUUGGAUAAACGGGCGACCCCAAGAAGUGUAUUUGGAUUGGGAAGAACAAGGAGGAAGGUCGGUGUAUGUUAGGGAGAUGGAGAGAUGUGAAGGGUGGAAAAAGUAUGAUGAAGAAAUACAAGAAUUGGGUGGGAAGCUGGCAAACGAAGUCUUGGCAAUUCUGGUUAAUGAGUCAGUGCUUGAUCUUAUGAUAGGUGGCAGCCACUGAGAUAACAUGCUGCCAAUUACUCUUUUUUCCAUCGUUUCUUUUUCCUUUUACAUCGUCUCUUCUCCCUGUCUCGGGGAUGCGAGACUCUAAAUUUUGCAACAAUUAGGGGAAAUUUUUGCUUUUAGUUACCAUGUUUUUCUUCCCCAAUAUCCUCCGUAUAUCGCUUUGGCUUGGAAUCAAAAUUUAUCUUAUCAAGUUAACUAAAAUACGAGGUAAGGCUUGAUACUCAAACUAAAGGGCCUGCAGAUAUGUCUAAGCCCAUAAAUCAUGUAUAGGUCAGUAUGAAUGAUGGGCUCAGGACAAUACUUAAAAAUAUGUUUUCUCCA